UGACUCGUCAUUAGGUCUCUAACCGCCUGAUGUAUUAGUGGCUGGCUAUUUCUUGUGAUCAAUUACCAACAUCAGGAGCCCUCUUUGUCUUGCGCACGCAUAAAUAGGGGGGAAGGUAAGCAAACAUUUAUCAAAAAAUCACAUAUAAACCUCCGUAGUUGAACUCAAAAAGAUCAAUGAACGACAUUUACAUAUUCGCCCUUCAUCUCACCUGCCUAUCUCGUUCUUAAGCAAUACCAGCUGAACACCACGUACAACUUAAGUACACAGCCUCGCGACCAUGUCAUUCAGCCUUGACCCACAGGAAACUUGGUGGCAGCAACAUCGCAUACAGGUUUGGGAGUACCCGAAACUGCCGACCAAGAAAGAACUCAUAUACCGCCUCUUCAGAGCCGCGUAUCCUGACGGCGCAUUCGUGAACGACGACCUCAAACUAGCGGAAUUAAGAAGCAAGGAGGUCAUCUGGAACCGGAUAUUGGUCGAGAUCUCCCAAGCCUAUAACAGCAUCCCAAUCUUCCUCGAGCGACUCGAAUACCAAGAACCCCGCUUGCAGCGAGACGUGCGGAAGCAGGAGCUGGUCCACAGGUACUACCGCGCGCUGGUGGAGGAAGCGAGAGACGCCAUAUUCGUCUCGCAGAACGGGCGGUACUUUGAGUUCCGAUGCAUGGAAGAGCUGCUGGUCCGGCACAGACAGUUCGAUCCGCGGGGUUGGAGGGGGGAGGUGAAGGGGUUCGUGAUCCCCCAUAUUGAUGGUUUCUCCUUCGUCAAUGAGGAGAUGAAGUCGAAGUCUGGGAGCCAGACUGCGACUAUAGUAGCACAGAUUCGGGAAAUAGAAAUGCACACCGAUAGGUAUGGCUGAUGGCGAAGUCUUAUGUAUUUAUAUACGAGGAGUACUACGGAAUAUGAUAUAUGGAAGCGGAGAAGGCAGACGGACACAGAAUUAAUUCGCUGAGGGAUAAUUCUGUAAUAGGGGUAGGGGGUAUUGGGAAUAGCGCUAGACUGAACAAAUGAUGAGUUUUCUUCUUUUGCAA